AUGCCCAACAAACAUCAUUCUUCUGCUCGUCUCACUCAACUUUCAAAACGUCACUCGAGUCAUACUAACAUAGUCAGCGGUCUAACUUCUACUACUCGACUGAACACUGAACCUUCACCUGGCGGAAGUCAAUCAACUCUUGUCCUCUCUACCGUUAAAUCUAAAGCUUCUCUUCACAAAAAACGACCUUCAUAUCCUGCUCGGAAAGAUAGCACAAAUGCCAAACAAACUGUCUCUGUAAUCCGAAAAAAGUCGAAUGGAGCGACAUCAGGAAACCGACAGACGAGGAAGGGUGCUUUCAGAGGCGCUCUCGAUGGGGAUGGUGAAGAAGACGAAGAAGAGAACGAGGUGACUCAAUCUCAAGAUUUCCUAAACCCUCAUCCAUCCGAGCUUUGCACAAAGCCCGGCCAAGAGGAGGAAUGGGUCAGUGAACCUAGCACCAGAUGUGCAACUCCUACAGCUGUACAGCCUCCCAAUUUCGAACCACCCAUCCUUCAGUAUUCGAAUCCUCAACUUGCGGCUCUUGAUCAAAUCAAUCUUGCAUUUCAAUUACCCAAUCCGCUCUCAUCUGGUUAUGCCCAAAACUCAGAGCCUUCAAACCCUUCAGCUUCACCAUUGCCUUCCCGUGUACCCGUUGAUCGCACUCAAUCUCCACAAUCCGACCCCGACUCCAUACUACCCUGUCAUCUGAAUACCACGAGUCAAUCUCCCACAGAGGCCACAAAUGAGGAUGAAUCUGAAGCAGAUGGAAGAGGCAGGUCUCGUAGCCGAAACCGAGUACAAGAUUCUAUUGAACGAGUGCAGAGGUUAGAGAGAUCUCGAGCUAGCAAUGAGAAUGGUAGCGUGAGCGUAAUUGCGGGAUCUCGUCGCCAAGUGAUCGAACCUGCCCAUCAGCCCCCCCAUUCAACUCGUGACCAGAAGCCGGUUCCGAGAAAUAGCUCUCCACCCUCAUCGAUCACAAGUAGUGCAAGUAAUGCCACCGCUAGACAUGACUCUAAAGGUAAAGGAGUCGUUCAAAUGAAUUCCAAACGAGCUUCAAGAACUACUUCAAUUCAUUCCAACCGAUCCAUGGUCUCACUCAUGAACCUUGGUUGCGAUCCACCCAAUAGUAAACUUGGGAUCAAACGUGCCGGUAGUACUGCAUCACUGGUUUUACAGCCUAAAAUUGAUACGACAGAAGCUUUUGUCUCACUCACCAGCAAAACCAAGUACAAUCUCACUCUCACAUCAAUCGAAGAUCUAGCGAUGUCUACCUCCCCGACCCUUUAUGAUGAGCGCAAAGCCACCUGUGACCCAAGCGAUCUUCCAUCCUCUCGCGCUACCUCAAGUUCUUCACACCUUGAGGCUUCCAUCAGUGCAGCUCAACCUUCGCAACCUUCGGAAACUAUGUCAGGGAGGCUAACAACUGAAGAGCGGCUCGAGUUUGCGAAUCGAUUAAAAAAAGUCACAAAUCUUAACGAACCCUACUCGCCCGGAUUUGUGAACUCAAUCCUUAGCCCUCGGAUCAAUUACAAAAACAAGAAACCACAUCCACAUGUCUUAUCUGGAUCCAAAAGCGGUUACUUUGGAAGUAUCAAAAACUUCGUUGGUAGUUUGGCAACCACUACUGAGGAACGCGAAACAACUACCUCUAGUACCCUGGCCGAGGACCCCACCAAGCAGUCCCACGGCUGGCUUGCUGGUGAGCUCGACCAAUCCUCAGGCCAGAUUACUCACCCUGUCAAUGGUCAUCACUCUACCGCUGCUUCAACAUCAGGUUCGAGUAGUCGCAAUGAAGGUUCGACUACAAAUGCAGCUCGACACGGCAAUCUCCAUUUUCAACUCACCAAUGCGGCUAAACCUCCUACACCUAAGCCACUGGUCAAAGGUCUCAUCACCACCUGUGGAUCAGUACCAGUGGUUUCACGUUUUCUCGGACCUGUCUUACCUACGCCUUCACCCAUGGUUCCUCCCACAUCUAUCAUGGGUGGUAGUCGGAUCGGUGGGGCCUCAAAAUCUACUUCUGCACCUUCACAAUCGCAAUCGCAAUCACAAUCGCAAUCAUCUCCAUCAACCCAUCGAUCCACUUCUGAAACUCCCAGUCUUUCACGAAUACAACAAAGGCUUUUAAUGGAACGAGAUCGGCCGGUUUCACCCACAUUUGGAAGAGAAACAACGACAACAAACCAAACUGGAUUACCACCACCAUCGUAUCUAAUCCGAUCACUUGGAGGCCAAACCGGGCCCUUACCAUUCAUGCCAAUAGGAACAGUAGUUUCUAUACCAACCAGUACAGGAGGACAAUUAAAUGAACCAGCGAUGAGAGCCAAAGUGGCUGUUUCAAUGAGAAUGUGGAGGUCUAGUUUGAUUGAUGAAGUUGAACAAGUUUGGAGUGAUCAUGAAUCUAGAAUCAGAUGGAGAGAUCCUUGGAUCGAAAGUUUAAAUAGAGUUACGGAAAGAAAAAUGAAUCGUAGAAGGAUUGUAACUCAGAAUUAUGUAUGGACCUUUUCAUUUUCGGGAUGGGUGAUGGGGCGAUGA